GGACGCGGACGCGGACGCGGCCCCGGCCGGGCCGGGCCUGCAAGUCGGCGCUCCCGGAGCCCCCGGCGGGCCGGCGCGCCUCGGAGGGGCUCGGAGCCAGGGCGGCCCGCAUGGCGCGGGCCACGGCGAGACGCGGCGCCUCGGCCAGCCGGCUGCACCGCCUCUGAGGCCCGCGGCCCCCACCCCAGCGCUCUCUUCGCCCGAGGAGGAAGACCGGGACGACGCAGGUGCUGGGGGGAGCGGACCGGACCCCCACCUCCAAAAAAACAAAAAACAAAAAUCAGCCCGUUGUUGGGGGGUCGCCAGCCUCGCCCUGCACCCCGAGCCUGGAGGAUCGGUUGGUGCUGCUGUAUUUGUGACUAUAGCCUUUGCUGCGCCCCGAGUGCUCGCGGCGCGCCCGGACCCUCCUCCGCCUCCCCCCACUCCCCCUCCUCCUCCUCCUCCUUCCCCCCCCCCCACCCGCAUCUGCUACUGUCAAAUGAGAAAGUCACCGCGGAGCACCCAAACACUCCAGCCGCCGAGAAUCCCCUUUGGCACUUGGCAGCACGCGGCUCCCGGCGCCGCCACUCAACUUGGGGGCGUCACCGCGCCGCAACUUUGCGGGCCACCCCGCGAUUGAGAGAGAGAGAGAGAGAGACCCGAGCGCCGGGCGUGGGGGGCGAGCGACCUGCGGGACAGUCUGCACGCAAAGACCCUCCGGGAGCAAGAACUCCACCUCCCCCCCACCCCAUCCCCAAGCCAGCAGAGGCCAAGCGGCUGCCAGCGCGGUGUUGGGAGGCACCUUCGAGAAGAAGCGAGCGUCUCCCCAACCCCCGCCACACACACACCCCCCUCCGGAGAGGAAUCUCGGCGUGGUUUUUGUUUCUGAUCCCGAGAGUUCGGCGGGAGAGACCCCGGGCCGCUGGGGGCGCGGCGUGACCCUGGGCUGCUGGGCCGGCCCCCUGCUCCCGGGAGGCGGGAGCGACGCCGGGGCCAGCCAACAUUGAUCUCCUCCGGGCCGACGCCGAGGGCCCGGGCGGCGGGCGGCAGCCGCGGCCCGGCGAGAGCAUGUCCAAGCCGGUGGACCACGUCAAGCGGCCCAUGAACGCCUUCAUGGUGUGGUCGCGGGCGCAGCGGCGCAAGAUGGCCCAGGAGAACCCCAAGAUGCACAACUCGGAGAUCAGCAAGCGCCUGGGCGCCGAGUGGAAGCUGCUCACCGAGUCGGAGAAGCGGCCGUUCAUCGACGAGGCCAAGCGGCUGCGCGCCAUGCACAUGAAGGAGCACCCCGACUACAAGUACCGGCCGCGCCGCAAGCCCAAGACGCUGCUCAAGAAGGACAAGUUCGCCUUCCCGGUGCCCUACGGCCUGGGCGGCGUGGCGGACGCCGAGCACCCGGCGCUCAAGGCGGGCGCGGGGCUGCACGCGGGCGCGGCCGGCGGCCUGGUGCCCGAGUCGCUGCUCGCCAACCCCGAGAAGGCGGCCGCCGCCGCCGCCGCCGCCGCCGCGCGCGUCUUCUUCCCGCAGUCGGCGGCCGCCGCCGCCGCCGCCGCCGCCGCCGCCGCGGCCGGCAGCCCCUACUCGCUGCUCGACCUGGGCUCCAAGAUGGCAGAGAUCUCGUCGUCGUCGUCCGGCCUGCCGUACGCGUCGUCGCUGGGCUACCCGGGCGCGGGCGCGGGCGCCUUCCACGGCGCGGCGGCGGCGGCUGCAGCGGCGGCGGCGGCCGCCGGGGGGCACACGCACUCGCACCCCAGCCCGGGCAACCCGGGCUACAUGAUCCCGUGCAACUGCAGCGCCUGGCCCAGCCCCGGGCUGCAGCCGCCGCUCGCCUACAUCCUGCUGCCGGGCAUGGGCAAGCCGCAGCUGGACCCCUACCCCGCGGCCUACGCCGCCGCGCUAUGACCCCGCGGGGCCGCCCGGCGCGGGACCGGGGCGCGCGCGUGUACAGAUGUAUAGGGACGAGCGCCGCGGCCGCCCCGGGCCGGGGGGUCGGGUGGGUGGGUGGGAGACCCCGGGGAGGGUGCAUGUACAGAGCGUUGUAUAGGUGCCAGGCCGAGGCGGGAGGUGCCCACGGUCCGGGCGCGAGUGGCCGGGAGCGCCGGGGAGGCGCGUGGGGUCCGCGCGGGGAACUCCCGCGAGCUCCCCCACCCCCCCGCGCCCCGCACUUCCCCGCCAAACUUCCAGCCGCGCCUUUGCAUCCCGCCGCCGUGGGCGUGGGCUUUGCACUUCGGGAACCUGUUACGUUUGGGCCCACCGAGGUGGAGCCGUCAUUUUGGGACCCGUUGGGGUUUUUUUUUUUGAGGGGGGGCUGUUUUUAUUAUUUUUAUUUUCAGUUUUGUUUGGUGCAACUUUUGUUUUUGUGGGGGUUUGCUUGGCCGGCGCCGUUUUUGUUUAUGUUUUGUUUUGUUUUGUUUUGUGUUUCCAUCUCUCCUUGAUGCUUUUAUUUUUAGUGGGUGGUUUUUUUCCUCCCCCAACCCCCUGAACCAGGGCCGCGUGGCAUACAUACUCUGUUCAAACGUUCGGUUUUACAAGGCUGGCACCAGGGAAAAGUUGAUCUGGGUCGCGUUUCCCCGAGCGCGACGGUUGCGAGCCGCUUCGCCCUCUCUGCUUGUACUGUCUGAACUUUGCGGAUCUCCGUUCUCCCAGGCAGAACCCCCCAGACCGGAUCCAUUCUUGACCAGUGACCGCCUCGAAUCUGGCCUUUUGUAUAGGAUGAUGUCUGCGCUUUCUUUUGUUUUUCAUGCCAUAUGCAAACCAGAGCAAGCGCUCUUUCUCUGCAGCAGAAAGAACACAAACAAGAAAUAGGAGCGAGAUAAAAUGUUGUCAGUUGGGUUUUCUCCCUUAAAAAACAAAACAGAACAACUCCCCCCACCCCCACCCCCCAAUUAGAAGUCUCCUUGAGUCCACACGCUUGGAUCUUUGACGCAGUUUACAUAGAAGGGAGAAGGCGCCGCUCUUGUUUUUCCCCUUAUGGCUGAGUUCACCUUAAGACUGUAAAUGUGUACAUGUCCGUGAAAACAUUUGAGUCUUUGGAAAUGUGUUACUUGCGUUGUCCUAAAUUUGAGUCGGUUUUAGACUCUCGAAAGCAUUUUGAGCACAUGUCAAAGUUCUUAAAAAUUGCGGGACUAGUUUAGGAACGCAAUUUUAUCUAAGAUUAAAUCAGACUUUUUUUGUCUGAGUGCUAAUUAUAUAUUUAUUUAGCAAAACUGAAAAAUAGACCCACGGAAUUGUUUUGACAGAUGUCUCUCAUUUUCAGCUAGCAUUUCUCCACCAACUUGAACGGUUUAAAUGUGUUUUGGAGUUCCCGCCCCAAUUAGCUUAUUUUUUAGAUCACUUGCAAUUCAUUUGCAAAUGAUGAUAAAACACAUUUUAGAGACCAGAACCUUCUUUGAUUAUAUUUGGUUUCUUUUUAAAUGUAUAUAUAUAUUUUGACUAAUGUUUGUGAAUGAAGUUGGCUAACAUGUAUUUAGUUUCACUUUGACUUUAUGUAAUAUAAAGUUUUUAAAAAGUUUAAGUAUUGGUUUUAACCUUUCUGUGUAAAUGGUUUUCUUGUGUGAUCCUCUAAUUUAAUAUUAGACGUCUAAACUAUAUCUGUAAAUUAGAAUCCGACUAUCACUCUGUUCAUUUUUUUUGAACAAAGAGUUUAAAUAAAGCCUGAACCAGGGAAAAG